AGAGCGAAUCGGUUAACCGUUCAACAGUGUACACAAAAAAGUGUUCCCCCCAAAAAGCGCACGAUUUUCUCUACUCUCCAAAAUGAAUUACUUUUCCACCCAAACUACCUUCCUCCAUAAAGCUCCCGCCAUCACCUGGUGACUUCUACUUUGCUCGCAAAUUCACCUCGACCACAGUCAGUCGACGGCCAACCACGGAUCAGACCACUGAUCUCCACACAACUUUGGGAUACUAAAAAGUUCAACUAUUUCUUCAGCAUUUGCCUAAUCACCUGAGACGUGAAUUGGCAGAGUUAAUUACCAAAAGAAGCUAUUCUGUGUGUUGUGAAGAAACGUGCAUUUGAAGAAAAUGAAUUAUUUAACAGUCCUUUUAGUGAUUGCUUUUAGUGUUAUAGGCACUUAUGGAGCCCCAACAUCCUGUCCUGAGCCCUUUGGCGUUCAAGCUUAUGCUCAUCCCGAGAAUUGCGAUCAGUUCUUCCUCUGCACAAACGGAACCCUGACCCUGGAAACCUGCGAGAAUGGUCUAUUGUUCGAUGGAAAGGGACACGUCUUCAAUCAUUGCAACUACAACUGGGCCGUUGACUGUGGCACGCGUAAAUACGAUCCUACACCGCUAUCAUCUCCGGGUUGUGAGUAUCGUUUUGGAAUCUAUCCGGACACGGAUCAGUGUUCAACCACGUACAUCAAGUGCGCUCACGGAGAGCCCCAUUUGAGCCCAUGUGAUGAUGGUCUGGUGUACGAUGAUCGUAUUCACGGAUGCAACUGGCCCGAUCAGCUGCUGGAAAAAUGCGAUCCUACUGCUGUUGUAGGCUUUGUAUGUCCUGCUCAUGUGCCAUCCCAUAGUCCAGCUGCCCGCUUCUGGCCCUUCCCACGAUUCCCCGUGCCCGGAGACUGCCACAGGCUCUUCACAUGCGUCGAGGGACAUCCACGCCUGAUCACUUGUGGCGAGGACAAGGUCUUCGACAAGAACACCCUUACUUGCGAGGAAGACAUCCCAUGUGUCCCUUAAAAAACUUCACAGGGACUCUUGCCUAAAAACAAAUUUACAGAGAAGAGAAAUUUCUGAAAAACACAAAUACUCAAGAUUUCACACGAAACUCAACCAAAAUCUCCGAGAAAAGGAAAUUUGUUACCAUUUCAUUCCAAAGUGAUACUGAACCGCUAUACCAUGUACAUUUUAAAAAUCUCAAUCUAAAUCACUUUUUUCUUUCUUGCACUACAAUUUAUAAAACGAUAAACCGCCUUUUCGGACCACCCUCUAUCUACACGAAAUAAUAUCAAAAGACCAAUAAACUAUUACAAACAUUUCAAUUCAUUGCCCUCUUUUUACCAAACACUUUUCCUUAACUCUGUUGAAAAAAAAAGAAAAUGUAUAAAACACAUAUCUAUUUCAUGUUAAAUUUCUUUUUCCUCAAAUCACGAAUGUCUUUUUCCUUUCUCCAGCACAAUCCUCUCAAGCAUGCAUAUUAGGACAAGCUAAAUGAAAUAAUUAAGUUUUUGAUAAAAUACCAAUUAAAACAAGAUGCAUUUAAUCACGUUCAGCGAAGCGUUUCAAAUAUUCUUGUCGAUGAUGGAAGAAUUUCGAAAAUAUAACACAAAAGUGUAAAAAAAAACUUGCAAGAAAAAUUAUAUUUUUCCUCAUUAAAAAUUAUAUAUUACAAUUGAGAGCUAAAACAUAACGAAAUGUGUUAUUUUAUUGCUAAUUAAAUAGUUUGUUUUAUUUGUAAA